UUUAUCGCCAAGUCAGCCGUCUCUCCCGGUCUCCCCGUCUAAUUUUUGCUACGCCCUCUCCUUCUUUCUCCUCUCUGCAUCUCUCUCUCGCUCGCACAGAAAUUUUCUAUCCUCUCUAUCGACUACUAACUUUUCUCUAUACCUCCCUCAUCCUCUUUAUCUCUACUCUUCUUUCUGGAUCUCUCUCUUUUGCAAGGGGAUCUGGACUUCUAAGAGAUCGACGGAUCAUUUCAUGCACGCAGGGUAGAUCGGAUGAGGAGAGGAUUUUUCUUCUUUUAAUAAAGACGUUCCAGCCUUCCAGAUUGAGAUAUGGAUAGUAAUUAUUCAGCUGUUGCUUCCAAGGAUGGAUUCGUAGACUUACAACUGAAAGAUGGAGACUUUGAAUCUGAUGUCCCAUCUAGGAAGUUGGUAGCUUCAGAUCAGGAAAACAGGUACGUGAAACCGGUCAAUGCGGAUGAACUUGAAUUAGAUGACAUUGAUUUCGAUAAUUUGCCCCUUAUUUUUGGUGAAAAUAAAUCUGGAUCUGGAAUAUAUGGGGCUGUUUUCAACCUCACCACGACUAUUAUUGGGGCGGGGAUUAUGGCAUUGCCUGCCACAAUGAAAGUUUUGGGUUUGAUUUUAGGUUUUAUUUUGAUAAUCUUGAUGGGUAUUUUGUCUGAAAUGAGUGUUGAAUUGCUUAUCCGUUUCUCGGUCCAGUGCAAUGCAUCAUCCUAUGGAGAGGUUGUUCAGGCCGCUUUGGGUAAAACAGCUAGGAUCUUAUCGGAGAUUUGCAUCAUUGUGAACAAUGCUGGUGUAUUAAUUGUUUAUUUGAUUAUAAUUGGAGAUGUUAUGUCAGGUUCACUUCACCAUAUUGGUGUUUUUGAUCAGUGGUUAGGUCAAGGGGUGUGGGAUCAUAGGAAGUUGGUGGUUCUGAUCUUUUUGGUGAUUUUUCUUGCACCUCUGUGUGCAUUAGACAAGAUUGAGUCAUUGAGCUUGACGUCAGCGGCUUCUGUUGCUCUUGCUGUGGUAUUUGUUUUUGUUGCUUUCAUUGUAGCAUUCAUUAAGCUUGUUGAAGGGAAAAUUGAAGCUCCUAGAAUGACCCCGGAUUUUGGAUCCACCAGGGCAAUCUUGGAUCUACUUGUGGUGAUUCCUAUAAUGUCAAAUGCUUAUGUUUGUCAUUUUAAUAUUCAACCUAUUUAUAAUGAGCUUGAAGGACGCUCGCCACAGAAGAUGUACCGAGUGGGAAGGAUCACCACCGUUAUUUGUGUACUGGUGUAUGCUUCAACCGCUGUUGCUGGUUAUUUACUCUUUGGAAAAGAGACUGAAUCUGAUGUACUGACUAACUUUGAUAAAGAUCUCGGUAUUCGUUUUAGUACAGCUUUAACAUAUAUCGUCCGCAUUGGCUAUGUCUUCCAUUUAAUCCUUGUCUUCCCUGUUAUCCAUUUCUCCCUAAGGCAAGCAGUUGAUGCAUUGUUCUUUAAGGAUUCAGCCCCACUCCAAGAGAGUAGGAAGAGGUGCUUGGCUCUGACUGCAGUUCUCUUAGCUCUCAUAUAUUUCGGUUCAACCAUGAUUCCAAACAUUUGGACUGCAUUCAAAUUCACAGGUGCAACUACAGCGGUUUCUUUAGGUUUUACAUUUCCAGCUCUUAUUGCCCUAAGAUUGAGCAAAGAAGGGAAUGGGUUGAGCAGCGGAGAGAAGGCAUUGUGUUGGUCCAUGUUAGUAAUGGCUGUUAUUGUUAGCACUCUGGGAGUGAUUGGCAACAUUUAUAGCAUAAAAUAGUAAGCUAAUUGGCUGCUUGUUUAUCAUACAAUAGAUAGCAGCAAAAAUGAGUUUGAACAUGAUGUUUUUGUGUAUUUCUCUUGUAGAUAUGCUUGGUUGAGCAUGAUGUAUCAUUUUGGUUGAGAUAUUCCAUACCUUGUCCUAUUUUUUCCCACAGCAGCUUGGGUGCCAUUGUAGUAUUGUACCACAAGAUUCAACAGUUGUACUACUAUUAGUAUAUCACACAAGUCCAUUUUACUUCCA